UCGGCAUUGCCCGUUUUUCCCGAUCGGCUCUAGAGUGUCUCCGAACCCCACGUUUGGCCUUGGGAGCCAUUACUGAUCAAUCGAUCAUCUUUCUUCCUCCGCUCUCGCUUUCCCUACCGAACCUCUACCCUUUUCGUCCCCUCGCUAUUCACUCGGAAACCCUUAUACUGAAUGCUUUAAACCGCCACGGAGUCACAAUCCUUCCAAAAUGUCCUUCCUCGGUGGCGCUGAGUGCUCAACGGCGGGAAACCCAUUAACACAGUUUACCAAGCAUGUCCAAGAUGACAAGUCCCUGCAACGGGACCGUCUCGUCGGGAGAGGUCCCGGUGGCAUGCAGGAGGGUAUGCGGUCGACGGGGAUGAUGGGUGGUCAAGAUCAGAUGAUGGAUGAAUUCGCCCAACAGCCCGGACAAUUGCCCGGAGCCCCUCCGCAGCCCUUUGCGAUGGAACAUCUCCGACGCGAGUUAGAUCACUUCCAGACCACGCCGCCUCGAACGGGUUCGCCCGGCUGGGCCGCCGAAUUCGACGCCGGAGAGCACGCCCGCAUGGAGGCCGCCUUUGCCGGCCCUAAGGGCCCCAUGAUGAACAACAACUCGGGAUUUACGCCGGCGGAGUUUGCCCGCUUCCAGCAGCAGAGCCGAGUCGGGAUGCCGCAGACGUCGAGUCCCGUCACUGCGGGCCCUUCGCCGAUGAUGGGUGGCUACCAGCGUCCGAUGGGAGGUAUGGGAUACAUGGGGAUGGGUGGGAUGGGGAUGAUGAGACCCUCGUAUGGCCCGAUGGGUAUGCAGCAGCCGCAGCAGCCGGCCGAAGCUAUGACUCAGGAUAAGGGUAAAGGGCGCAUGGUCGAGUUGGACGACGAGAAUUGGGAGGCGCAGUUUGCGGAGAUGGAGACUGCGGGCAAUCAGAAACUGGAUAACGAGGCUAAUGAUGCUAUUGAGGCGGAGCUGAACGAUCUUGACAGAAAAUUGGCAGAGGAGAACACCGACUUUAACGUGAACGAGAACCUUCACAUGGGCGAUCUUGGUGAGUGGGAUAGCUUUGACACGCUCAACACCCGGUUCCGAGACCCUCAACUCGGCGAUUACAUGUUCGAAGAGGAUAAUGUGUUCCGGAGUGUAAACAAUCCUUUCGAGGAGGGCGUGAAGAUCAUGCGUGAGGGCGGUAAUCUGUCGCUGGCCGCUCUGGCGUUCGAGGCUGCUGUACAGAAGGACCCCCAGCACGUGCAAGCCUGGACGAUGUUGGGAUCUGCCCAGGCCCAGAAUGAAAAGGAACUUCCUGCCAUCCGUGCUCUGGAACAGGCGCUCAAGAUCGACGAGCAAAAUCUGGACGCUCUCAUGGGACUGGCCGUCUCCUACACCAACGAAGGCUACGAUUCAACGGCCUACCGCACCCUGGAGCGAUGGCUUUCCGCCAAGUACCCCCAGAUUAUCAACCCCAAGGAUGUUUCUUCCGACGCGGACCUAGGAUUUACCGAUCGCCAGAUCCUCCAUGACCGGGUCACCGAUCUGUUCAUCCAGGCAGCUCAGCUGUCGCCUUCGGGAGAGCACAUGGAUCCCGACGUCCAAGUUGGCCUGGGUGUCCUCUUCUACUGUGCCGAGGAGUACGACAAGGCCGUGGACUGUUUCUCUGCCGCAUUGGCAUCCACCGAAUCCGGAACCACAAACCAACAGGAGCAGCUCCACCUCCUAUGGAACCGACUUGGAGCCACGCUUGCCAACUCGGGCCGCUCCGAAGAAGCUAUCGAGGCCUACGAACAAGCCCUCAACAUCAACCCCAACUUCGUCCGUGCCCGCUACAACCUCGGCGUAUCGUGCAUCAACAUCGGCUGCUACCCCGAAGCCGCACAGCACCUGCUGGGCGCCUUAUCCAUGCAUCGCGUGGUAGAGCAGGAGGGUCGUGAGCGUGCGCGGGAAAUCGUCGGCGGCGGAGAAGGUGGCAUCGAUGACGAGCAUCUGGAGCGCAUGCUUCAAGCCACCCACAACCAGAGCACCAAUCUGUACGACACGCUGCGGCGAGUCUUUAGCCAGAUGGGACGUCGGGACUUGGCUGAUAUGGUUGUGGCUGGGAUGGAUGUGAACGUCUUCCGGAAAGAGUUCGAAUUCUAAAUGAUGUAAUCUCUCGUUUUUGCUUUGCUCUUUUUUCUUUUCGUUAUAUGCCUGUGUCCUUCAGUUGUAAGGAGGAGUUUAGAACCGGUUCAUACUAUGGUUGCUUUGUUUCAGUUGAUCUUUGGAUACCAUGAUGUCCUUAUAUGUGAGAUACAAAUGCAGUGCAUUUCCAGAGCUGUAUGAU